UUUCUCGCGACCCGCCCCUUACGAGUGACCCCGUCCGAUACGGGUUCACACCACGUGUCGCGAAUUGAUUGGAGACGCGGCGUCGACGUCACGCGGUGGAAAGGGGAGAGAGAUUCAUUUCUCUCUUUUGUCUCGAAAACUCUAGGGUUUCUUCCUCCCGGCGAAACCCCGUGCGACGACGAUCUCUGUCCCUAUUUCUCGAAUUUGCUCCAUCGAUUCGACGAGUUAUUGUCUCCUCUACUAACAGAGAUGGAUCCCUCAGACGAGAUAACAGAUUUUAAGAGGAAGCAGGAGUUCAUCGACCACCUGUACAACGUUGCCGAUUCGUCAUAUGGGAUGCCGACAAGCUGUCCGUGUGGUGGUAGAAUCAUCGACGAGGUUCGGGUGAAGGAGGAGUACGACACGCGUCCCGGGAAGCGCUUCUUCAGCUGCAUAAACUACGAGGCUGAUGGGUUGCAUUACCGUCAGCCUUGGGUUAUAGGUGUCCAGGAGGAGAUGGUACGCAUGCGUGAGCGUGUGGAUGAGGCUGUUGAGAUCAUCAAAUGUGUGCCCAUUCUCACUAAACAGAUCGAGAGUCUUGAGGCACAGGUUAAGAGGCUCACAUUGCUGCUUGAUAAGCUCACCGGUGACGUCUAUAACCUCACAGUCCAGGCGGCUGCUCUGGAGAAGGCCUGUUUCGACUGAAACAGAACAGGUGAAAGGAUCUGUGGGGCCGUUGGUCACGGGCAUAUGGGAGAUAAAGUCUGGACUUGAUGGGUUUUGUAGGUGUCACGGGUAUUGUAGUAGUAGUAGUUCACGGGUUGUUCAUGUAGUUGUAGUACUACAUGUAUCUUUUGGGUCGCAGCAGGUCAGUGUUUGUACUAGACACUAGUGAUGAACUUGGUGUCACGGAUUGUAAUAUGAAGUGUAGUAUUUUGUUUGUCUCUACACUUCACGGGACUUGUAAAAGUUUGUUAUAAAAAGGACAAGUAUUUCUCUUCUCUCUAACAUGUGUUUAUGUUCUCUUCUCUCAAAUGCCAAAGCAUAGUUCUCUUCUCUGUAUCUACAAAUCAUAGUUCUCUCAAGGUCGAUACCCCUCCAUCUUGUUCUCUCAAACCAUCCGCCUUACUCUUGUUCUCUCAAACCAGCUGCCUCACUCUUGUUCUGUCGAACCAGCCAACCACUAGACACUCGCCGACUACAAAAUCGAGUGACCAAGUAAAAUCUAAAAUUCUUUGUUUUGUUAUCUAUAGUCUGUAAUUAAUGUUCCACAUAUAAGUUAUAAUUAAAAACGAAAAAAUGAAAUUCCAAGAUUUAUUG